AUGCUUAAAGUAUAUGUAUGUAUGUAUGUAUGUAUGUAUCCAACUUUUUGCAUAUAAAAGGGUUAUCUUCAACCAACUUUUACUAAAAUCAGACCCACUUAAAUUAAUGGACCCAAGUUAGUCAUGGCCAUUCAUUUCAAGGGGUGUACUCUGAGUUAAAGUUAGUUGAAUACAGCCCAAAGUCUCUUUACGCAAGAGAAGAAACCCACCCCCCAAGUAUUUCCUUUGGCUCACAAUAUAGACAACAAGGUUAUUUAAGGAGAUUAAAUCCACAAUAUAAACAAUGGGGGAAAGAACACUUUACAAUAUCCAAAAAAGCAGCAGCAUAUUUAGUGGGUGGUUGCAUGCCCUUAAAACCCUUUUUUGUACCACUUCACAUAAAAGUGUUCAGAAUUUGGAUAAACGUAUUUGAAAUGUGACAUUCUCUAUUGUGACUUUGUUCUAAAAUACAGGUGGGAAGUCUGUGGCUUUCCAGAUAUUAUCGUGCUGCAGCUGACAUCAUUCCUGGUGACUGUACAUACUGACUGGGGCUGAUGGAAGAUGGAGUCGAACAAUAUGGAGUCCAGGGGUUCUCCAUCACUAGUGAAAGCCAGCAGGUGUCAAGGUAAGCAGUGGUAAUAGUUAGUGAAAUCCGUUUUCCAUUCCCUAAUCCAUACUGUGGACUACUUUUCAGGUAAAAUUUCCUUCCACUUGUCCUUCAGUAUUUCCAGCCCAUGAUUUUAAUUAAUACAUUUAAUAUAGAAAAAGCAAAAACCUUGUGAACUAUGCAGAUGGAAACUAAUUAUUCAGAAUCAGUGAGUGCAUAAUAUUCUGAAGACUAUGUCUCGGGAUUAGUGCUAAUAUGUCACACUUGAUGUGUCUGAAAUCAUCAAAGACAAGUAUUGCACAAGACAGUGUCAACAGCUGUUCAGAAAAGGGAUGGUUAUGAAGAAACACAUUGUUGAGUCUAUAUAAUCUCUUGCUCGUCCAAGCCACCAGCUGCUUGCACUGAUUUCAGUCCUUAGAAAAAGGGGUUUAGAAUGGGAAUUAAAGAAGAGAGAGCAAGGGCUCAUUUAUUGGCCCACGUUCUUGAUAUUUUCAAAGUUGCUCUUUUGAAAAGAUUAGGAAUUACGGCUGCAUACACUCUACAUUUAAAACACAUUCAAAGCAUGUCUUUCCCAAGAGUCCUGGGAGCUGUCGUUUGUUAAGGCUGCUGGGAAUUGCAGCUCACUGAAAAGUAAAAGCCGUGUUCAGGAUUCAUUUGCGGGGGCUGCUUUAAAUGUAUGGUGUAUAUGCUUUGAAGAACGGUAACAAAACAGCUUCCAAGGCCUGGAGCUGAGUUCCACAGUCUUGCAUCGGUACCCAACCCUAUAUGAGACUAAGUGAUUGCCUGAGUUGGUAGGCUUCGUAGUAGGUUUGAAAGUCAAGAAUUCAAAAGUCUCCAUGUAAAUUGUGGGCUGAGAUAGUUGACCAGAAGUGGGGUCUAGAGGCAGAGGCUGGGGAAUGAGACCCAGGACAGGGGGAAAUGGAUUGGAUGGUGGACAAGGCCAACAGGUAAUUGAACUGAAGCCAGAUGGACGAGUCAGUGGAUAUAGCAGGGAAAGAGAGAAACAGAGAUCACAUCCACACCAUACAUUCAAAGCAGGUAGCUUCCCCUCAAAGAAUCCAGGGAACUGUAGUUUGUUAAGGGUGCUAGGAAUUAUAUCUCUGUGAGGAUUAAGCUACAGCGCUCAGGACUCUUUGAGGGAGGGUGUCAUGUGAUUUAAAUGUAUGUUGUAGAUAGGACCAGAGAUGUGGGAACUAAAGAGUGUUUGGAAAGAGAAAAGGCUGGGCUGGGGGAGAAGCUGGGCCUUGUGCCAGGGUGUGGCAGGACUGGCACUGAAGUCAAGGCCAGACAGUGACAUUUUGCUGCCUGAAGUGAAGGACAAGAUGGUGCCCCCUGCAUUCCAUGUGAGCAGGGCCAGCCCAAAACAUUUUGGCAGAAAAUGGCACCCACACCCAACCAGAAAAGAAGGGGUGACUGAAGAAGAGAAGAAGAAGAGUUUGGAUUUGAUAUCCCGCUUUAUCACUACCCGAAGGAGUCUCAAAGCGGCUAACAUUCUUCUUUCCAUUCCUCCCCCACAACAAACACUCUGUGGGGUGAGUGGGGCUGAGAGACUUCAAAGAAGUGUGACUGGACCAAGGUCACACAGCAGCUGCAUGUGGAGGAGCGGAGACACGAACCUGGUUCACCAGAUUACGAGACUGCCGCUCUUAACCACUACACCACACUGGUUCUCUAUGAAGACGGACAUCAGGAAGAAGGGUGGAGUGAAGAUCUACAUCUGGGUGGGUGGGAAUGAAAUCAACCUUACCAGAUGGUUGAAGUGGGAAUCAAAGGCUGUUAUGGGGGGAAACAGGCCUACUCUGAAUCAUGUUGGCCAGGAAACCCCAGAGGGCAGCCCCCACCAUUUCCUCCCUAGGGGGUGGGAGACCAGCAAUGUCUCCUACUUGCCAAGCAGCUACCAAGAGGCAUUGGUGGGGGUGCUGCUGAGGAACUGGCAAUUGUGGCCUCCAAGGAGUGCGCCGCAGCUAUCACUGCUACCAUGAAAGCAGCAGCAGCGUGGGCCAACCUUGCAUAUGAAGCUCCCACUUUUGUUUUGGCUUCAUGGUCAUUUGCUGUGAUGCUUUACCAUGAUAACAAUGUCACAGUUGGAAGCACCCAAAGCAGACGUUUGCACAAAGGUCCAAGUAACUUUACACAAAAAUGACACAGGUGUGUGACCUAGUGUCAUCCAUCUUAAUCCAUCAUGGAUGCUCUGCUGUGUGCAUUAAACUUACUGUAACUGCUGAGUAUGCAGGCCUAGCAGGGCCCAGAUUAAUGGGAGAAAUCAGAUUAUAAGUGGAAAUGGCAGAAAUCACUGUUAUCGCUCAGUGCAUGUCUACUCAUAAACAAGCCGUGUUGAGUUCAAUGGAACACACUCCCAGUAUGUCUAGCAUAGGACUGCAGCCUUGGAAAUUAAGUGAGAUCAAAGACAUCAUGUUUGCAGUGAGAUGCAGGAUGUCCCUCAAUGUUCUAUUUACAAAACUCAGUCGAUUGCUCAACUUUAUAAAUAAGAAGUUGAAAUAAACAAUGAUGGCGGUCCUCCGCAACACAUGUGCCAUAAAUACAAUGUCUUUGAUCAUACAGGAUGUUUCUGUAAUGACCAUCCAAAACAGCUGAGGGGAUUUGCUGGCACAUCAAAUAAGAAAAAGGCCAUCCUUACUGAGAACGUGCAAAGGUCAGGCUAGUAGCUUAUAAUUACGUUAAAAUUUAAUCAUGCUAUACCAAGGUGGAUAUUUUCUGUUUGCCAGCAGUGAUAGAUCUUGCCGGAUGACAGCAUCCCACAUUCUUUCUUUAAGUUUAGUUGAGCAGAUCCAUCUAUUCCCUGUUUAUAUCACUUCUGUGUGUGUUCAUUUCAUACGUCCAUUCUUCCUUACUUCUACACUAAUCUGUGGCUUUUUAAAAUAAGCACAAAAAAGACGUAGCAGGAAACUAUGGUUAAUCACCAUGGCAUCUGUUGACUCAUGAUGCACCAAGAACGGAAGAGGGAAUGUCGUGAAGAUGGAGUCUGUUAAUAAUGGGGCUAGUCCAAGACAUUUUGCUGCCUAGGGCUGAACAGCGGAAUAUGCCCCCUUUUUAAAAAGUCAAGAUGUGUAGUACCCCAGGCUAGCCGAUUAUUUUGGCUCCUGAGGCAAGAAAAUCCCACAAGGGCUUGUUCCCAUCCCUAACAGUAAAAAUGUAAUAAUGCUAAAUAUCACUCUGCUGCCUUUUCAUGACACCCAAAAUCAGUUGUCUCACUUUGCCUAAUGAUAGGGUUUGUCCUGCUUCGUAAGCUGUGAUAUGGACACGAGAACCAGGCUAUAGACUUUUCUCAUGUACCAUAUUUUUCACUCCAUAAGACGCACUUUUUUCCUCCUAAAAAGUAAGGGGAAAUGUGAGUGUGUCUUAUGGAGUGAAUGGCGCUGCACAGAGAGGUAGAGCUGCGCAGCACCCCUUCAGCGAAGCAGGAGGAGGAACGGAGCCCCUUCUGUUCCUCUUCCCGCUUCGCUGAAGGGGCGCUGCGCAGCUCCCCCUCUCUGCGCAGCGCCUGUCCUGCGAAGCUGGAGGAGGAACACAAGGGACUCCUACUGUUCCUCCUCCCGCUUCGCAGCGACACGCCUGUCCUGGCUUCUGCAUUAGCCGUGCGCAGCCUCUUCGGGCAGGGGGAGCCUUCAUCCUGCUGCCCUGAAGAGGCUUGGCGCGGUUAUCCCAGAAGCCAGAUCCCUCUUGCUUGUUCUGGCUUCUGGGAUUCAGAAUAAUUUUUUCUUGUUUUCCUCCUCCCAAAACUAGGUGCGCCUUAUGGUCUAGUGCGUCUUAUGGAGCGAAAAAUACGAUAAGUGUCUUUAGGUUUUAUAUAUAAGAUUUCUAUGCCUUGCUCACAGAAUCAUGGAGCAAGCCUACUCUGGUUGGUUGUCUGUGCUCUUGAUGAAAAAGUAUGACUCUCCUGAACAGAAUGCCCUUUCUUUAUGAUACAUCCUCCCUUAGGAGUCCCUUUACCUCAUUGUAACUGAAGGAACCUGAGCAUCAGAGAUAACCAACAUAGUGCCCUCCAAUAUAUUCUUAGACUACAACUCCCAUCAGCACUGGCCAGCAGGGCCAAUGAUAACAGAUGCUGCCAUAUGUAAUCUAACAACAUCUGGAGGGCAACACAUUGGAUACUCCUGCUCUAGGUGCUAGAGAUCUAGGUGGGAUCUUUUGAUAAAGGGCAGUAUAAAAUAAUGAUGAUGAUGAUGAUGAUGAUGGCCAUCUCACUGCAAUUCAAAUAUUGGGCAGUCUUCCCAGAGAGGCACCUGCUUUUCCACAAACAUUUGCCAAAGAGAGAGAAGGUUUCACUGCAAUUAGCGCUGAGCUUGUUUAUGUGACCCAGGGCACAAUAACAGUAGUUUUAAAGUAGGCUUUGAAAGAAGAUAUUUCACCCUGCCCUUCAACCAUCCGAUACGUUUUUGGUACACCGAGGACAUUCUGCACCAAUUCGACAAAAACAACCAGACACAUUUACAGUCAGAUAAUGUAUUAAUGGUGGCUGUUGUUUGUGUGUGUUUUUUAAAAAUGUGUUAACAAGGGUCAGGAGCUUGAGCUGGCACACACAUUUGUAAUUUCGAUUUCAUGAGCACAUUGAACAGCUUUGUUUUCUGUGAUGCAACACUGUUGGCAUUUGCUCUUAGGUCAUCCAUUUUUCUCUUUGCGCAGACACAGAACUUUUCCUGUUCCUUACAGUUCUGUUCCUGCAAAGAGGAAGAAGAAAGCAAAUACCCAAAUGGAUCUUUAG